AUGUCUGCUCCCGCUGCUGCGCCGAAACACCCGGGCAAGGUGUUCCUGGACCCGAGUGAGGUAAAGGACCACCUUGCCGAAUACCGCAUCGUGGACUGCCGGUACAGCUUGAAGAUAAAGGACCACGGCAGCAUCGAGUACGCGAAGGAGCAUGUGAAGAGCGCCAUCCGUGCCGAUGUGGAUACAAACCUCUCCAAGUUGGUGCUCACCAGCACCGCCCGGCACCCGCUGCCGCCCUGUGCUGAGUUUAUCGGCUGGUGCAUGGCGAACGGCAUGGCGGGAGAGCUGCCGGUGCUCUGCUACGAUGACGAGUGCGGCGCCAUGGGUGGAUGCCGCCUGUGGUGGAUGCUGAACUCUCUUGGCGCCGAGGCGUACGUGAUCAACGGCGGCUUUCAGGCCUGCAAGGCUGCGGGGCUGGAGAUGGAGUCCGGCGAGCCCUCGUCGCUGCCGGCUCCCGCAACGCACUGGCCCUACAAGACGGCCUUCCAGCAUCACUACCUCGUGGAUGAGAUCCCGCCUAACGCGAUCAUCACUGACGCGCGCUCCGCCGACCGCUUCGCCUCGACGGUACGCCCGUACGCCGCAGACAAGAUGCCAGGCCACAUCGAAGGCGCGCGUAACCUCCCCUACGCGUCGCACCUCGUGACACGCGGUGACGGCAAGGUGCUGCGCAGUGAGGAGGAGAUUCGCCACAACAUCAUGACCGUCGUGCAAGGCGCGGGUGACGCGACUGAUCUGUCGAGCCUCGUCUUCUCCUGCGGCAGCGGCGUCACUGCCUGCAUCAAUAUCGCCCUGGUGCACCACCUCGGCCUGGGCCAUCCGUACCUCUACUGUGGCUCCUGGUCCGAGUAUAGCGGUCUCUUCCGCCUCCCCAUAAUGCGCAGCAUCAUCGACGACUACGGCAUGUGCAUCCUAAUGCAGACCCCUAACCUUGGCGACAACCCAAAGGCAAACCUCGACACCAUGACGCUGAAGGUCGACGGCGCGGCCUGCGAGAGACCUGACGCGGAGGUGCAGAGCGCCGCAACUCACCUCCACGCUGGCGAGGCAGCUACUGUGUACUUCAAGAGCGGCCGCGUCGUCACGAUCGAGGUGCCGGUAGUGCCCAACUAA